UCCCUUUCUAAAGUUGCUUCAAAACAGAGUGUAGAGUCCCAGACCCGGUUCACUCAACCCUCCCGACUCGCAGAGCAGAACUGAAACUUCUUGCCCCAGCGGGGUGUCCAGGGUGAACAGAAUCCAUGGAGAAGUUCAAGGCAGUGCUGGAACUGCAGAACAAGUACCACAGCGUCCUGGGUUACGGUUUGGUGACCCUGUUGACGGUGGGUGGGGAGAAGCUCUUCUCCCAGGUGGUGUUCCAGUGUCCGUGCAACGCGACCUGGAACCUGCCCUAUGGCCUGGUGUUCCUGUUGGUGCCAGCGCUCGCACUCUUUCUCUUGGGCUACGCGCUGAACACGCGCACCUGGCGCCUGCUCACUGGCUGCUGCUGCUCCGGGAGCGCGAGUUCCAGCUCCAGGUCGCACAGCGCAUUGACAUGCUUGCAGAUCAACCUGGCCGCCGCACUCGCGCCCCUCACCUGGGUGGCGGUGGCGCUGCUAGGGGGCUCCUUCUACCAGUGUGCUGUCAGCGGGAGCGCGUCCAUGGCGAAGUAUCUGUGCAGAAACCUCGACAGCAGCUGCGCUAUCAAACUACCGAAGGUUCCCUGCAACGGACAGGAGGAGGAGAUGCAGGACAUCCUGAAUCAGCUCAAGGCUCAGUCUCAGGUGAUAGGCUGGAUUCUAAUAGCGGUCAUCAUCAUCGUACUUCUGGUUGUGACGUCUAUCAUUCGAUGCUGUUCUCCAAUUAGUUAUCUGCACCUAAAAUUCUGGGAAAUAUAUUCUCAGAAGGAGGAGCAGAUUCUUCAAAGUAAAGCCACAGAACAUGCGACCCAGUUGGCAAACGAGAAUGUUAAGUGUUUCUUUGAAUGCACGAAUCCGAACGAUUGCUACACCCCAAGCAGUGAAGCCUGGGAGGAAAUCUCGGCGCUGUACACUUUUAAUCCCAAGAACCAGUUCUACAGCCUGCUGCACAAGUAUGUUAAUAGAAAGGAGAUGGAGAUGAGUGACCGUAUCCGCUCUAAGGAAGGAGAUACCGUGGUCCCUGUCCUUAGCUUUGUAGAUGCCUCUGGGAUGGCCAACACUGAUGGGAUGUGAUCUUACAAAUGAACAACAACAACAACAAAAAAAAAAUACUUUGAAUUGUUGCUUCAUACAAGAAAAUACACAUUAGCAUGUUUUAUGACUGCUUGCUUUCUUCCAAAUUGUGAGACUUUUAGAUCUGAAAUUGUAACCUUUUUUACAUUUAAACAUUUAAAAAUGUUUAGCCUUUUUUCUUUUAAUUGUUAAACAAAACGGAAGGAAAAUAAUUUACCCAAAAUGACAACCUAGGUUAAAGUGUUAUAUCUUUAUUCUAGGUUUGUGUCAAAUAAGAGCCAUUGGUGAAGGAACAAUUGGACACAUCUUUCUGUUACAUUAUCUGACAUUAAUUUCAAGGCUGUGAUUUUGUUGUUGUUUGCAAAGACAAAGUAUUAGUAUUUUAACACUCGUGACAUUAUAGCUCGCCUUGUGCUGUAGUGGAGAGUACACUUUCUAGUCAGGCUUACCUCAAAUACUAUGAAAUUUAUGACUCGGAUAUGGUUUCUGUAUGAAAAUUAAUCAUGAAAAGGAAAAUUGUAGGCAGUGAUAUUUUUUGCUUUUAAGGUCAAAGACUAAGUGUGGUAGCACACAACUUUAACCCUAGCACUCAGGAGGCAGAAGUAAGCAGGUUUUUGGAUUUGAGGCCACCCCAAAUUCCAGAUCUCAAACAAAACAAAAUAAAACAAACAAAAAAAGAUUUGCCAGUCUGUGCUGCAUUUUUAAGGUCAAAGGAAACUUUCAAAAACUAUCCACAAGGAUGAAUUUAAAUUGCACACACCAAAAAGAAGCUGAGGGCUGAAGUGACCACUCAGUGCUUAAGAGCUUCUGAAGCUCUUAUAGGGGACCUAGCUUCAGUCCCCAGCACCUAUAUAUUGGCUCAUAACCACCUGUAACUUCAGUUCUAGGGCUCUGAUGCCACCUUCUGACCUCUUUAGACCUUGUACCACUGUGGUGUACAUACACGCAUGCAGGCAAAAAAACCCUAUACAUAUAAAACAAAAAUAAAACUUUUUACAAAGAGAGACAGGGUAGUAUUAUAAUCCCCCCUGCCCGCACAUCUAGUCAUCAUACAUUUUCAAAAGAGUAGGGAAGCAAGAUGAAAGCCAUGUCAUCCAAAUAAUUU